AUGUCCACAACCACAAGCAAGCCAUCAUCAAGCCUGGACGGCGGCAGCGCCAUGCAGGCGAUCCUGGAGAGCGGCGCGGGCGACGAGUGGCAGGACUUCCUGAUCGAGACGAUGCGGACCAUCUCGGCGCCGCUGGCGCGCAGGAUGCUCGCCCAGGUCGGGCUCGGCGCGGGCACCACGGAGCCGUACCGGCUGCUGGAGCAGGGCUGCGGGAUGGGCGUCGUGGCGCCGCUGCUGCACGAGACGGUGCCGCGGGGCGUGCAGGAGAAGAGCAGCGUGGUCUGCGGGGACUUCUCGGGCCCGCUGGUCGAGGCUGUCAAGGGGAGGAUGGGGAGGGAGGGGUGGGUCAACUGCGAGGCGAAGGUUGUUGAUGCUCAGGAAUCGGGCCUCCCAUCUGAGAGCUUCACGCAUGUGGUCGGUAACAUUGUUUACCAUACAAUCCCAAAGUCCUUGGCCGCACUCAAAGAUAGUAUCAGACUCCUCCAGCCGGGCGGCACCUUCGCAGUCACAACCUGGCACAGCCAGAGCAGCGCAUGGGCGACCGACGUUCGUGAUGCCUUCAAUUCCCUUCCGUCAAGGCUGCAUCCUCCAAAUUAUGCAUUCCACAUGCCGAUGCAACUGACAGACGAUGGUCACUGGGAUGAUGUUGACUGGGUCCGCGGGGCACUAACUGACCAAGGUCUGGUGGAUGUUCAAGUUGACGUCCUGGCAACCUUAAGUUCCGUCAAAAGCCCUGAGCACUUCAUGAAGACAAGUGGCAUGAUGGUCGAGUACGCCGGAAAGUUAAAUCUGGGACUGGAUCUCCAGAACGGCAGGGACAAGGUGGAGGAGGUGAAGGAGUUGGUAAAGAAGCAUUUGGUGGAGAAGUAUGGUGAGGAGGGGAAAUGGACACUGACAUGGGUCUCUAUCAUUGCCAGCGGGAGGAAGCCAUCGUGA